GCCUCGCAGGGAGCACUUCCGAGAGGCGCUUGUGCUAGUGCGGCGGCGUCUCUGCCCCGUGGAAUCAUCCGGUGAAGAUGGGGAAAGUGAGGGCGCUGCGGGCACGUGUGCACCGGGCGGCCGUGAGGCCUGACGGGGAGGCUCCGCCCGGCCCUGUGCCGCGCGCCCUGGAGCCGGCCCUUCCACAAGUCUCGGCGGGCGGAGCUGGGGCAAAGGAGUGGACAUUGGUUCACAAUGACAUCUUUGCCAGGACACAGAUAGACCCUAGUACCUUGGUGCAGAGGCUGGAGCUGGACCAGAAAAGUGUGGUGUCCCUAAAGAAAGGUACAGAGCCAAAGACCAUUUUGCCCAAGAAGGAAAAACUGAGGCUUCGCCAUGAGCGGUGGCUACAGAAAAUUGAAGCCAUCAAGCUGGCUGAGCGGAAGCUCAAGGAGGAGCGAAGGCGCAAGGCCAUGGUGGUGGUGGGUGACCUGCACCCCCUGAGGGAUGCCCUGCCUGAGCUGCAGGAACUGGAGGCCAGUCGACAGCAGCAAACCAGAAGGAGGGUGACCAGCAAGCUCAGGCCAGUGGAGCUUAGCCGGAUGAGUACAGCCCAGAGACAGCAGCUCCUUGAGGAAGAAAGGACCCGGUUUCGGGAGCUGCUGUCCAGUCCAUCCUACAGAGCCAGUCCCCUGCUGGCCAUCGGGCGGCAGCUGGCCCACCAGAUGCAGCUGGAAGGUGGCAACCAGCUCUAACCAGGACAGUGUGUGCUGUGAGAUCCGGGGACUCAUGUGGGUAGAGGUGCCAGCAGCUCUUGAAUUCUGUCCUGUACCUGCGUGGCUGCCUGACCAGUCUUGAGACCUAGGGAAGGGGAAGGAAGAGCUGCUGGAGGACAAAUAAAGUGACCUGUGGCCUGGAGCCUUCUGUGGCUUCACUUCCCGCUGAGAACCAGCCACUCCUGGAUUUCCGCCGGCGCUGACCUGACUCUGGGAACAAACCCAGGGUCCCCCACUAGUGGUGUCGGGGGGGACUUUUGUGGUUGCUCAUGUUGCAGGGGCUUCACCAGUGUGAAAUGGGGCCUAUCAAGUAGCUCCGUCCCCGAGACCUCGGCACUCCUCCCCAACUCUGUUUGGGACCCUGGGACAACAGGGCAGCCCAGCUGGCCGCCUUGCUCCUCACAUCGUCUGCCUUCGCCCCGGCCACACCUUCUUGUGGCUUUGGCUUCUCUCAGCCCAGGCUCCUCGCUGCCUUUUACUACAAUGACCAGGGAAAUAAGUGGUCCCACCUGGAGGCAGAGCAGGCCCAGCCCUGUGGUCGCUUGGCUGGGUGGCAAGAUGGACUGUAUUAGACAUUUGUGGGGUCUCAGGAUGUGAAAGGCAAGGGCAGCACCCACAGAUCCCAUCACCCACACUGACUCAAGUUCCUUUCAUCAGAGGCCAUUUCCCAUUUCAGCCAUCUGCUGAGACACCAGAGCUGCCUUGCUGGCGGGGACUAGGGGCUCCUGAAGAGAAACCGUGUGUGCCUUAACCCACCAGUGGUGCAAGUGUAUGGCUGGUACCUCUUACACCGUUUCCUGUCUUCACACUCUGUGUGCUGAGGUUUCUGGGAUACGACUUGAAGUGACCCCAGUCUGGCCAUGGUUGCUAAUGCAUUUUCAUGAUGCCUGCUGCAACCUAGGGCCACCCUUCAGGGUCCUACCUGGGAGAGCAUUCCACAGGCCAACUUCAUGUAUAGGACAGUUGCAGCAGCUCAGGGCCAGUCCAGCAGAGGACACCGUGGACUGAGCAGGAGAGAAGUCAAGCAGGCAUCACUGGGACUGCCUUGGAAUCGCUGCAAAGGAGUGGCCUGAGGUGACGGUGUGUGAGAGCAAAGUGGCAGAGCUGGCCAGAGACUGCACACCGUGGGCAGGCAGGGGUUUGUUGGCUGUGGUUACCCUAUUUUACUUCAGGCAAAGCAUAUGCUCUCAUACGGAUGGACGCAGAAGGCGGAUCCCAAGAAAGCAGUUCUCUGCAUGGGUGAUGGGAGUUUGCUGUUUCUUUUUUAUUUCCUAAUCUGUAUAGAACUAAUUACAUGGCAAUACAUUUCUGUGAAAACAUACA